AUGGGUUGGGUUGCUGCUAGCGCUGAUGAAUAUCUGGCCAUAACUGGUGCCAACAUUCACAGCCUGAUCCAAUACCUCAUGAUCGAGAAAGGAGUCUAUACCGAACUGGCCAAGGCCAAUGCAGACGCUGCGCGUGGCUUGAACCUCAAGAUGACAAUCUGGAACACUGAUGCUCAAGCUGGCGGAGAGGGUGGCUCCAAAGGUGCUGGCAUGGGUGGCAUCGAUUCCAUCCGAAAUAUAUACGAGAUGCUUCCUACAUUGAUGUCGACAACCAAUGAACAAACAAGUGUCACACUCCCCGAGUGGCAAUCCGGCAAGCUUGCCAAUCAGAUCUCCGAGGGUGAAGUCAGCGACAAACAGUUCAGCGGGAAAAAGCUCAAUGGCAUCAAUGGCAACCACUAG